AGCGGUUAAGAUUUAAAUUUGACCACACGUGUAUAUAACUUUGUAACACGAUGUCUCUCUAUCUCUCUCUUCUUUGUUGAUGUGUUUAAGGUUUCUAAAUCUCAUUUUUUGUGUCUCCUUAAAAUUUUCUCAGAAACAUCUCCGUCAUUUGUUCCUUAGUUUUGUAAUCAAUCUUCACGAUUCCUCAGGCACUGUACUUGGCAAAUCUCUGUCAUUUUUUCUCCUUCAUUUUCUCUCACUCUCUCCCAAAAAUCCAGUAUCAUCAUCCAAGGUCAUAUGAGAACAGGAUUGGUGUUCUCGAACGAUCGGUGUUCUGUCUUGAAAAAGAAUGGCUUCAACGCCUUGUGCAGCAUGCAAGCUCUUGAGGCGUAAAUGCACUCAAGAAUGUGUGUUUGCGCCGUAUUUUCCACCAACUAAUCCUCAAAAGUUUAUCUUUGUUCACCGAGUCUUUGGAGCAAGCAAUGUAACCAAGAUCCUUAACGAUCUCCCACCUGAUCAACGCGAAGACACUGUUAAUUCCCUCUUUUAUGAAGCCGAAGCGCGUAUCCGUGACCCAAUCUAUGGAUGUGUUGGUCUCAUCUCUUUUUUACAACAAUACCUCAAGAAAAUCCAACAAGAUCUUGUCACUGCUAAAGAAGAGCUCGCCGGUUACAUGGGACCUGAUGCUGUGAUUCCGCCGCCUUAUCUUCCUGCUCUUGGUAACAAUCCUCCACCAAAUUUCAUGAUGUCUAUGGAAGGAAUGCCACCUGGAGUGAUCCCUCAAGGAGAACCGUUGAUGAUACGUGAACCAAACUUGUCUCAGCAACAUCAUCAACAUCAACCGCAAGACGAGCAGUUGCAAUUCAUAGCUUCUGAUGCACAGAGAAUGGCUGCAAUGAUGUUGGAUAGAGGAGAUCAACAAGGGAUGUUCAAUGGUUACGGAAUAGACAACAAUGGUUCGGUUACAGCCACGGGUUUCAACCAAAUGGAUGUGAAUGAUCAUGGCGCUAGUGGGUGGUUGUCUGGACCAUCUCUUGCUUUAGGAAGCUUUGGUGAUGCUUUUCAAAUGGGUCAAGAGACAGAACAUGGUCAUAUCAACCAUGAUCAGCUUCAGACACAGCUUAUGCUUCAGCCUCCACUACAAGAAGGUCAAGAGCAAACAGAGGAAGGACAGUUUCUGAUGCAACCAAUGGGACAAGAGAAUCUCCAUGAAGAAGAGGAAGAGGAAGAGCUUGAGCCACCGAUUAAAUGGAGGAAGUCUGAGAGCAAGGAAGCUAGUUAUUAAGACCUAAAUGCAAUAAGAAGACAACAUACAUUUUCCUUUUCUUGGAUAGUUUACGUACUUACUCUUGAGGAUCUAAUUUCUUUUUUUAAUCAAAUGGCAUUAUUCAUUUAUCACC